AAGGUGGAAAUGUUGGAGACUGAGACUCAGAGAAGCCUGGUUGCUGGGAACAGCUCAAGGGGUCGCCAUGCUCUUCAUAGUCACAGCCCUUUUUUGCUGUGGACUCUGCAAUGGGGCAUUGACAGAAGAGAUUGAAAUAAUCAUGCCAACCCCUAAGCCUGAACUGUGGGCAGAGACGAACUUCCCUCUGGCCCCGUGGAAGAACUUAACCCUCUGGUGUAGAAGCCCUUCUGGCUCAACUAAGGAGUUUGUGUUACUGAAGGACGGGACCGGGUGGAUCGCAACUCGCCCAGCCUCAGAGCAGGUCCGGGCUGCAUUCCCCCUUGGCGCCCUGACCCCCAGCCACGCCGGCAGUUAUCAUUGCCAUUCAUGGGAAGAGAUGGCUGUGUCGGAACCUAGCGAAGCACUUGAGCUGGUGGGGACAGACAUUCUCCCCAAACCUGUCAUUUCGGCUUCCUUGCCAAUCCGGGGUCAGGAACUACAAAUCCGAUGUAAAGGAUGGCUGGCAGGUUUGGGGUUUGCUCUGUAUAAGAAGGGAAAGCAGGAACCUGUCCAGCAACUUGGUGCCAGUGGGAGAGAAGCCUUCUUUACAAUUCAAAGAAUGGAGGAUAAAGAUGAGGGCAAUUAUAGCUGCCGCACACACACUGAAAAGCACCCCUUCAAGUGGUCCGAGCCCAGUGAGUCCCUGGAGCUUGUCAUCAAAGAAAUGUACCCCAAACCUUUCUUCAAAACAUGGACCAGUCCUGUGGUCACUCCUGGGGCCCGAGUGACUUUCAAUUGCUCCACUGUCCACCAGCACAUGAGCUUUAUUCUUUACAAAGAUGACAACGAAAUUGCAUCUAGUGACCGGUCCUGGGGAAAUCCAGGGGCCAGUGCAGCUCACUUUUUGAUCAUUUCAGUGGGUAUUGGUGAUGGAGGAAACUACAGCUGUCGUUAUUAUGACUUUUCUAUCUGGUCUGAGCCAAGUGACCCUGUGGAGCUCAUUGUAACAGAAUUCUACCCAAAACCCACCCUUGUGGCACAGCCGGGCCCUGUGGUACUUCCUGGGAAGACCGUGACACUGCACUGCCAAGGGAUUUUCCAGGGCAUGAGGUUUGCCCUCUUACAGGAGGGUGCCCAUGCUCCCUUACAGUUCCGGAGCACCUCAGGGAGCUCAGUUGACUUCCUCCUCCACACUGUAGGAGCAGAGGACUCUGGGAACUACAGCUGUAUCUACUAUGAGACAAUCAUGUCAAACAGGGGCUCAUACCCCAGUAUGCCCCUUAUGAUCUGGGUGACGGACACAUUCCCCAGACCAUGGCUAUCUGCUGAACCUAGUUCUGUGGUCACCAUGGGACAGAACGUUACUCUCUGGUGCCAAGGACCAGUCCAUGGAGUUGGGUACAUUCUGCACAAAGAAGGAGAAGCCACAUCAAUGCAGCUCUGGGGAUCCACCAGUAAUGAAGGUGUAUUCCCUAUCACCAACAUAUCUGGUGCUAGCAUUGGGCGUUAUAGCUGCUGUUAUCACCCUGACUGGAUCAGCACUAUCAAGAUACAACCUAGCAACACUCUGGAACUUAUAGUCACAGGUUUACUUCCCAAACCCAGCUUAUUAGUCCAGCCAGGUCGCGUGGUAGCCCCUGGAGAAAACAUGACUCUUCAAUGUCAAGGGGAACUGCCAGAUUCAACAUUUGUACUGUUGAAGGAGGGGACUCAACAGCCCUUAGAGCAACAGAGACCAAAUGGGUACAGAGCUGACUUCUGGAUGCCAGUGGUGAGGGAUGAAGAUUCUGGAGUCUAUAGCUGUGUUUAUUAUUUGGAUUCUGCUCCCCUUGCAGCUUCAAAUCAUAGUGACUCUCUGGAGAUCUGGGUAACUGAUAAACCCCCUAAACCCUCUUUGUCCGCUUGGCCCAGUACUGUGUUCAAACUAGGAAAAGACAUCACCCUUCAGUGCCGAGGACCCCUGCCAGGAGUUGAAUUUGUCUUAGAACAUGAUGGAGAAGAAGCACCUCAACAGUUCUCAGAGGAUGGAGACUUUGUCAUCAACAACAUAGAAGGAAAAGGCAUAGGAAACUAUAGCUGCAGCUACCGCCUACAAGCCUACCCUGAUAUUUGGUCAGAGCCCAGUGAUGCCCUGGAGCUGGUGGGAGCAGCAGGACCUGUUGCUCAAGAGUGCACUGUGGGUAACAUUGUUCGAAGUACCUUGAUCGUGGUGGUUGUAGUAGCUUUGGGGAUAGUGCUAGCAGUAGAGUGGAAGAAGUGGCCUCGUCUGCGAACCAGGGGCUCAGAGACAAACGGAAGAGACCAGACAAUAGUCCUUGAAGAAUGUAACCAAGAAGGCGAACCAGGAACCACCACCAACUCUCCCUCAUCAACCUCUCAGGGAAUCUCAGUGGAACUGACAGUCCCAAUAUAAUCUCCCUGUCUUUACAAGAGUUUUCCUCUCCUGUCUUUUACCUGCAGAGACCUGGAAAUUCAACUUGGUUAGCCUGGGAUUCAGCUAUAUCUACUGAUUCUUGAUCUGUAACUGUCUGAGUUUGGUCAAAGGGAUUCUGGGAGUUGCAAGCUCUAUCAGGUCAAGUAGUUUCCUUACCCCAUAACUCCUCACUGUACUGAUUUACUGGUGCAUGAAAUUCUAUUAAAGUGUAUUCUUCUGAAUAAAGAGAGUAUUCACUAUUUAACUGCAAA